AUCACAUCGUGCAUACGCACACUGCAAAAAAUGGCCCCUGUCCACGGCGUUCGCACAGUUGAUGCGCACGCACAAAUCCUAAUUCCUUCAGCCGUGCCUGUGCAUGUCCGUGGUGCGUACGCACAAUAGCUAAAAUCCUACCCCCUCCUUAUGUGCGAACCCUAUUCUCUUCGCGUAAACACCCCCCUCUCCAACGUCUCUAUCUCUGAACCCCUCCCACCCCGUUUCAAAUUCANNNUCCACCAACCACCACCUUUCACCACAUUUCCCUCACCUCAUCUCCAUCUCUCCUAUUCUGUUUGAGGGAAGAACGGGGGAAACCCCUGUUUCUCAACGCAGCGCCAUAGAGCACCUCCGCCGCUUCUGUCUUGGAGCGCCACCGCUGCUUCGCCUCUGAGCCGGUGUCGACCCACUUAUCAACCCUCUACUUUUGUUUCUGCCCAGAUGGCUGAUAGAAAAGGGAAGGGUAAGGCCACAAGCUCCGGCAAAAGAAAGCGGACUUCUCAGUCUGCUGAUACCUCUGAUCUUGCAUUCUAUGCAAGGCGUAUCAGUGGGAGUGACAGAGAAGCUCAGAAUACACCUCCUACUGAUAAACAUAAGUUCAGCAAUGCAUAUUCGAAGCGAAAGUUUGAAAAGUUCCUAAAAAAGAACUUGCAUGUUGAGAGGGAACUCCAUCUCCCGGAUGAGUUGAGCCAGUAUACGGAUGAUCAGAUUGCUCAGUGGAGUUGGAGUUUCAUAGGUUGGGAGCUUCCAACGGUGAAUGAAUCAUGGGUCAAGGAAUUUUAUGCGAACUACUACACUGGGGCCCUUGAUGCAGUUUACCUGAGAGGCCAGUAGAUUCUGGUCACUGAGGAGGCAAUUGAGUAUGCCUUCCACCUUAGGCCUAGACCGAGUGGUAAAGAUUCAUAUGAAGAGGCUGAAGGAGAGAGGAAGAUGAAGACUUUUGAUUGGGACCAAGUCUUAGUAGUGAUUGCUGAGUCUGGGAGUGAUGAUUAUGACUUUUGUGUGGUUUAGAAUUCACAAAUGAAUUCUCGUUGCAAGUAUAGUUUCUAAACCAAUAAUAGUCAUUUCAUACAAAAAUUUGGUUGUCACAAGUAACAAACCCCUAAAAUUAUA